AUGAAACCCUCAUCCGCUGCCGCGGCGUCAAUGCCAGACAUGGAGGCCCUGCACCCCUAUUUUCCGAUCGAAGCAGAAAUCGUGAACUUCAUUGCCAAUGACAUGACCUUAUUUCAACUCCUGGCGGCGUUUGGGACCGGCUGCGUAGGCAUCCUCUCGGUGGGAUGGCUCAUUGCGUCGAGCGCAGGGCCAAAAUUGAGGAAGCAGGACAAAUUCAUGGUGUUGUGGUUCUGUUUAACCGGUGUUAUCCACCUCUUCUUCGAAGGCUACUUUGCAUACAAUCAUACACGGAUGGGCAGUGCGCGAGAUCUCUUUGGACAGCUGUGGAAGGAGUAUGCCUUGUCGGAUUCGCGGUAUCUGACAUCUGAUCCUUUCGUUCUCUGCAUGGAAACCAUAACUGCGCUCUUCUGGGGACCGCUCUCAUUUUUGAUGGUGUACUUCAUCGUAACCGCCCACCCUCUACGAUAUCCUGUACAGGCGGUCGUGUCACUGGGCCAGAUCUACGGGGACGUUCUAUACUAUGCCACCUGCAUGUUUGACCACUAUUACAAGAGCCUGACAUACUGCCGACCGGAGGCAUAUUACUUCUGGUUCUAUUUCUUCUUCAUGAAUUUCAUCUGGAUUGUCAUUCCUGGCUUACUCCUGGCGGACAGCAUCAUCACCACGGCAAAGGCGUUCAAGGCACUGAAUCGCAUAUCGCAUUCAGUGCAGGGAAAUGGGUCCGUGAACAAGCCAAGCGUGAACGGUCGUCCCAAGCGUGCCUGA